AUGAACCCCCAGCGCGGCCAGAACGCGAGGCGUGCGAUGCUGGUGUUGGAUUCCUACCGCGGUCACAUCACCCAUACCAUGCUUCACUCGUACCGCACGCACAGCAUCACCCCUGCAGUCAUCCCAGCGGGUUGUACGAGCCAGAUUCAACCCCCGGACGUCUCAAUCAACCGGUGCUUCAAGGCUGCUGUGCGAGCGCGCUACGCCAGGUGGUUCAUGCGUGAGGGGAUUCACCUGAAGACGAAGAAGGAUCAUCAUCGACGCGUUCCAGAGGAGGAGGAGGAGGAGGCGAUGCAGGCGGAGGGCGUGCGGGAGGUGGCCGUGGCAACCGGCCUGGAGGUGCUGUACCAGGAGAGCCCCAACUACCGCGGGGCGGCGGCCGAGGCUGACCGCAUGAUCGAGCCUAGGGAGACGGCUAGGCAUGCCUGGCGAGUGCCAGACCUAGAUGUAGAGCCUGUUCCUGUGGUGCAGCCUGUGGUGCAGCCUGUGGUGCAGCCUGUGGUGCAGCCUGUGGUGCAGCCUGUGGUGCAGCCUGUGGUGCAGCCUGUGGUGCAGCCUGUGGUGCAGCCUGUGGUGCAGCCUGUGGUGCAGCCUGUGGUGCAGCCUGUGGUGCAGCCUGUGGUGCAGCCUGUGGUGCCAAGCAGGUUGAAAGGCUGUCGAAUGAAGAGGACAUGUAAAUAA